AUUUCAAUGUAUUCGGCUAUUUAUAACCUCGAAAUAUUGUCAAUAUUUUGUAUGUUACACGAAUUAGAAUAAAAAUUUAACAUGUCUAAACAGUACGGUUUAAGUUUUCCAAAAAAAGAUAUGGGCCACCAAAUUGGUCAAGUAAGACCUAAUAAACCUUCUAUAUUUGAGGAUGAUUCUGACAACGAUGAUCAAAUAAAAGUACCUACAGGAGUGUCUAAGGGAUUGAAGAAACAAGAUAAAAUUAGUCAAGAAAAAGCAGUUGAAGAAGAUCCCACUGUUUAUCAAUAUGACGAAGUUUAUGAUGAAAUAGAACAGAAGCGCAAUGAAUCAAAACUAGCUAAAAGAGAUUUGGAGAAAAAACCAAAGUAUAUCAAUAGAUUGUUAGCAGCAGCAGAGAAGCGAAAAAGAGAAAAUGAGAGAAGAAUUGAAAGACAAGUACAAAAAGAAAGGGAAGAAGAAGGUAAUAAAUUUCAAGAUAAAGAAUCAUUUAUAACUCCAUCAUAUAAAAAGAAAUUAGAAGAGAUGAGGGAACUUGAAGAACAAGAAAAGAGGGAAGAAUAUUUAGAAAGCAUUGGAGAUGUUAAAAAACAAGGAAACUUAGAUGGAUUUUAUAGGCAUUUAUAUGACCAAAAAGUGAACUAUGAACAAAAUGAAGAUAAAGAAGAAAAAUUAUCAGAAAAGGAAAAAACAGUAGUACAAAAAAAUGAGGAAGAUGAAGGUUCGAAAACUCCUCCUUUAGAUAUAAAAAAAGAAAAAAGUACAGAUAACAAUCUUGAAUCAAAACAACAAACAAGAAAAAGGAAAUACCGAUCUAGAAAAGACUCUGAAGAAGAUAGUAACAAUGAAGAAGCACCAGAAAUCAAAAAAGAACAUCUCCCGUCUAACAUAGAUGCUGAUUCUGACUUUAGCAUCAAUUCUACAGACAGUGAAGACGAAAAAGAAACAACAGAAGACAAGAAUAAAGAGGAAAUAUUUGAAAAACCACAGACCCCUCCACAAAUAGAAAAAACUGAAGUGAAACAAGAUAAACCAGAAGAGAAAGCUGUAGAAAUGGAAAAAGAAAUAAAAGUUAAACCAAAAAAACCAAAAGUUGAUAUUUGGAAAAAGAGGACGGUUGGUAAGAAGUUUGAUGAAGCUGUGAAGAGAUAUUUUGAAAGGAAGGCACUAAGAGAAAUGGGGCAAUAAAAAUAAGUUUUCAUAUGGGGUACAUUCCAACACAGUGUAAACUUAAUUAGAAAUGUAAAAUUCAACCCCCUGAAACUUAUUAAUAGCUUUGAAAAAAAUUUAGAAGCUUUUUUAAAUAAAGGUUUAGUCACAGGUA